ACUUCUCCUCGAGCCAUCAUAAGUAUCAAGGCGAAGCCUGCCACUACCUAUCGCAUUUCGAUUCUCUACAACUGACUCAAUCAUGACUGAAACAACUUCCUUGGAGCAAUCGCUGGAAGAUCUCCACCUUGAUCCACAGGAACAGAAAGAGGAAAAGACACACAAAACUGGUGAAAAGUCGCAUAUCGAUGUUCCUCCUUGCACCUUGACGCCAUCGCCCCUUCUCGAAUAUGCCGGCAACCUGCCCGAGAUCUGGAUGAACAUCAUCGCUCAAGCCGAUGCUAGGACGUUACGUGAUUUGAUACGAGUCAACAAAGCCUGGUUCCACGAAGCUGUCCGUCACCGCUGGCACAGUCCGGCUGCGGAUGCAUUGCGCUUCAAGGGCAUGCCGAAGAAAGGCUUCAAGGGGCCUGAACCUGACAGAGUGGACUUCUACGCAGGAUUCAUACGCCACCUUCGGUAUACGCUCGACACGGAUAACGACAACCAAAGCAAAGGCUACGUCCGGUUGAGGAAGAGCAGAGCCAUCCCCAAUCUCCCCAAUCUUCGCAGCGUUGAGUUUGACUACUUGUCCCUGCGCAACAAAUGCAAAACACAACUGCAGGCCAUUUUCCAGCCAACGCUGAAACACGUCAUGGUCAACGACGCAAGACCUGAUAAUGGUUCAUGGUUCGACAUCAUGACGGAAGGAUGCCCGCUUCUGGAAUCAAUCAGUCUUGGAGAAGAUCUCCAAAUCAGUCAGGAACAAUUUCACUACUUCGUCUGUCGCAUGACUUACCUACACACCAUCAAAUUCGAGCGCGGGAACGAGCAUCUCAUUAUCGAUCACAUCAGUUCCACCUUGAAAAGCUUGAAGGUCGGGCACCUAUGGAUCACAGAGUGGCGCGCUUGGGAUAAGCUGUCCGGGAUGCAUGGUCUGGAAUACCUGGACAUCACUGUCGACAGCUGGCCAGUCACGAGCGAGGAGUUCAUGAAACUCGAAGGACUGAAACGCCUCAAGCAUCUCCACAUGUGGUCUGCCGGGGGUCCUGGAAGGACUGAUUGCGAGGUGACUGCUGUCGAGUUGAUCUCGUUCAUCAAAGAAAUGCCAGCGCUGAGAGACUUCCGCCUCUGGCUUUACUUUUACUUCUUCGAUCACGAGAGGGCUGUCAAGGACACAUAUGACAUACCGGGAAUGUACCCGCAAUUCGAUUGCACAGAAACUCGCGAAACCUAUCUCGAGUAUCUUGAAAAGAUCGCGGAGUUCGAGACCAGAGCGAAGGAGAUUAAGGUUGCUUCCCAGAUUGCUAGAAAGCCCGGCUGCUCGAACAGUCAUGAUGAGCCAGCGGACGACUGACAGAGAUAUUACUGAAUGUUGUAUGGAAAGGUGGACAAGAACUUGACUGAAAUAAUCGGAGAUGCAGGUGCAAGAGGAACCGGGGGAAAUCAGGAUGAAGCAUCUCAUACCGUUACUGGAUGAAGACACAAGUCUCUCGAAAACAACGAGGUAGCGAGCGGUCUGUGCUUCGACGCGGAGAAGCUGUGAAGAGUAGUGUAGUUGCCAUGUGAAAUU